CCAACGGCAGCGCCCGAGAGCACCUGCUGGCGGUGCGUCGGCGCACACCGCACAACCGGCCGUACACGAUCGGGCCCGACAACCUCCGCAGCCUGUCGGUGCAGGGCGCAGCUGGAGCCUCCACCUCCGCGUCCUCCUCCGCUAUGUCGUCAGGGAACCAACCAGAAACGACGGGCGUGGGGCUCCAGCGGGCCAAUAGCGACACGGACCUGGUGACGUCAGACAGCCGGUCUUCGCUGACGGCGUCUAUGUACCAGCUGACUCUAGGCCACAGCCACCUGGUCAUCUCCUGGGACAUCAAGGAGGAAGUGGAUGCCACCGACUGGAUUGGCCUGUACCACAUCGAUGAGACGUGUGUGGCCAAUGUGUGGGACUCCAAGAAUCGUGGUGUGAACGGCACCCAGAGGGGACAGAUCGUGUGGAGACUGGAGCCGGAACCCUACUUCAUGGAGCCGGAGACUAAGGUCUGCUUUAAAUACUAUCAUGGUGUAAGUGGAGCUUUAAGAGCAACGACCCCUUGUAUCACCGUUAAGAACCCUGGAGUACUGGUGGGCACUGAAGGCCAAGUGGAGGACCAAUCAGGGACUGAGCACUGUCGGAAACUAGUCAGCUUCACCCUGUCAGACAUCCAGGCAGCAGGCCUGAAGAAGGGCAUGUUUUUCAACCCUGACCCCUACCUGAAGAUGUCCAUCCAGCCCGGAAAGAGGAGCGGCCUCCCCAAGUUCACCCACCACGGCCAGGAGAGGCGCUCCUCCAUCAUAGCCAACACCACCAACCCUGUGUGGCACGGGGAGAAAUACACCUUUGUGGCUCUGAUGACUGACGUGUUGGAGAUCGAGGUGAAGGAUAAGUUUGCCAAGAGCCGGCCUAUCAUCAAGCGGUUUCUGGGUCAGCUGGUCAUGCCUGUUCAGAGACUCCUGGAGGGGCCGACAGCUGACGAUCAGCCAGUCAGCUACAGCCUGUGUCGUCGUCUCCCUACGGACCAUGUGAGCGGGCAGCUUCUGUUCAGAGUGGAUAUCACCUCCACUGGACAAGAAGCUUCCCCAGACGCCGUGGGAACUAUCUUGGGUGGGGCAGUGAACGGGGACCCCGGCAGUCCCUCCGACGACGAAGACCUACCUCACCCGCCCUCAUCCUCGCGCGUUACAUGUGGACCCUCUCCCACGGGCUCUGACGAGGGCUCCCCAAUAGUCAACGGUGCUUGUUACUAUGGUGACGACAGCGUGUGGCAGGAGCCUGGGCAGAUGGGAGAGGAGGAUCUGCUUCCUGUGGCUUUGGGCGGCCACACCCACCGGCAGGUGUCACUCAAUGACUAUCUGGAUGCCAUCGAGGCACCCAGGAGCCCUGGGGACCGGCCUCUGGCAGGACCUUCACCAAAACUUCGUUCUAGCUUUCCAACAGACACACGGCUAAAUGCCAUGCUACACAUAGACUCAGAUGAGGAUGAGGAGACGGCGGGGCAGCACAGGGAGCAAUCACAGGAGGUGAGGACACCGCAGAGCACGGACUUAGCCUCAUCAAGGAGUUCGUCUACAUCUGAAUCUCAACCGGGGAAUGAGGGAUCAAAGGCAGAGCAUCAGGGGCAGACUGGAGCUGGGGCUGGGGCCGCAACAGAGGCAGGUUCCUCUGCUAGUUCUCAGUCAGAGACUGAGCCUGCAGGGGCUGAACCUGGAGCUGCAGAAGGUGCAGCUGGAGUCCAAGCGCAGGUGGGAACAUCAACCACCACUGGGACCGGAGAGGUCGCUGGAGUGACAUCUGAGGCUGCACACGUUACAGGAGAAACCUCUCAGGCAGCAGGGGCUGAGGCAGCUGCAGCAGGACCCGGGCCGGGGGAGUCUGUAGGGGAAUGUACCUGUCAGGAGCAGAGCAGCAGGACGGAUGCAAACCAGGAAGUUCCUUGCAAUUCCUCACUUGGUCCACUUUCACCCAUUCAGGAGGUGGAGACAAGAAAAGAAGUGGCUCCGAAGGCGGAGGAGGAAGGAGGGGAGUCAUCGAGCAGCGAGGCGAACGGGCCAGUAGCAGCAGCUGCUCCGACCAGCAGCAACUUAGCUGACAGAGGAAGAGGGGCUUCUGCAGUUGGAGCGAGUGCCAGUGGUGGGGAUGGGCAGGAGGAGGAGGAGGGAGGGGAGGUGUGGAGGAGGAGGCAGUCCAUGCAGGCCUCUGGAGGCAUGGCCCAAAACCAGGAGGUUGUCAGGGCGAGAGAGAGUCCAAGUGGGACACCGGGGGUGGAGAGAGAAACAGGUGCUACAGCUCAGGUCAAUGGCCACCAGUCUGUUCGUUCCCUGCCGUCUGUCCGCCAUGACAUCAGUCGUUACCAGAGAGUGGACGAGCCGCUACCGCCUAACUGGGAGGCUCGUAUCGACAGCCACGGUCGGAUCUUUUACGUGGACCAUGUGAACAGAACGACAACUUGGCAGCGUCCCAUCGCUCCCCCUGCCCAACAGACCCUCCAGAGGUCCAACUCCAUACAACAGAUGGAGCAGCUGAACCGCAGGUAUCAGAGUAUACGUAGGACCAUAACCAAUGACAGCAGACCAGAGGAGCAGCCAGCCAAUGAGCUGCCCCCGGACGAGACUGACAUGCACCCCUCUAUCCCAGAGCUGCGUAGGGACAAUAGUGUGGCUCACUCCGGUUCCAGGUCUCGCCUCAUCCUGCUGCUCCAGUCCCCCAGCGCUAAGUUCCUCACCAGCCCCGACUUCUUCACUGUGCUGCAUUCCAACCCUAGUGCCUACCGUAUGUUCACCACCAACACUUGUCUGAAGCAUAUGAUCAGUAAGGUUCGUCGGGAUGCUCACCACUAUGAGCGCUAUCAGCACAACAGGGACCUGGUGGCCUUCCUCAACAUGUUCGCCAACAAACAGCUGGAGCUGCCCAGAGGCUGGGAGAUGAAGCACGACCACACCGGCAAGCCUUUCUUCGUGGACCAUAACUGCCGGGCCACCACCUUCAUCGACCCCCGGCUGCCUCUUCAGAGCACUCGGCCGCCGAGCAUCCUAGCUCACCGCCAACACCUGACCCGCCAACGCAGCCACAGUGCCGGGGAGGUCAGCCCACGACGACUGGUGGGUGAAGACCCCCGUCAUGCCGGCCCACCCGUCCUGCCGCGGCCUUCGAGCACCUUCACCUCUGCUAACCGGGGUCAGUGCCAAGACGUCGUACCAGUGGCUUACAACGACAAGAUUGUGGCGUUUCUGCGACAACCAAACAUCUUUGAGAUUUUGCAGGAGAGACAGCCCGACUUCAACCGCAACCAUUCACUCAGGGAGAAGGUGCAGCUGAUCCGCACAGAUGGAGGGUCAGGAUUGGCGAGGCUGUCAGGUGACGCUGACCUUGUCAUGCUGCUAAGUCUGUUUGAAGAUGAAGUAAUGUCCUACGUGCCUCCUCACGCCUUACUUCACCCCAGCUACUGUCAGUCACCUCGGGGAUCGCCUGUCUCCUCCCCACAGAACUCACCUGGUACGCAGAGAGCUAAUGCCAGGGCCCCGGCACCCUACAAGAGAGACUUUGAGGCCAAACUCCGCAACUUUUACAGGAAACUGGAAACUAAAGGCUACGGCCAAGGACCGGGGAAGCUAAAGUUGAUUAUCCGACGGGACCACCUGCUGGAGGAUGCCUUCAACCAGAUCAUGUGCUACUCCCGUAAAGACCUGCAGCGCAGCAAGCUCUACGUCAGCUUUGUAGGGGAGGAGGGGUUGGACUACAGCGGGCCUUCCAGAGAGUUCUUCUUCUUGGUUUCCAGGGAGCUGUUCAACCCUUAUUAUGGUCUGUUUGAGUACUCUGCCAACGACACCUACACCGUCCAGAUCAGCCCCAUGUCCGCCUUCGUAGACAAUCACCACGAAUGGUUCCGGUUCAGUGGUCGUAUUCUGGGUUUGGCUCUGAUCCAUCAGUACUUGCUGGAUGCUUUCUUCACCAGACCCUUCUAUAAAGGCCUACUGCGCAUUCCCUGUGAACUGAGUGACCUGGAAUAUCUGGAUGAGGAGUUUCACCAGUCCCUUCAGUGGAUGAAGGACAAUGACAUAGAAGACAUGCUGGACCUCACCUUCACCGUCAACGAAGAAGUCUUCGGACAGAUAACAGAAAGGGAGCUGAAGCCCGGCGGAGCCAACAUCCCUGUCUCUGAGAAGAACAAGAAGGAAUACAUUGAGCGGAUGGUGAAGUGGAGGAUAGAGAGAGGAGUGGUGCAGCAGACUGAAAGCCUGGUCCGAGGUUUCUACGAGGUGGUGGAUGCCAGGCUGGUGUCAGUGUUUGAUGCCAGGGAGCUGGAGCUGGUGAUCGCCGGCACAGCUGAGAUUGACUUAUCAGACUGGAGGAACAACACAGAGUACAGAGGAGGUUACCAUGACAACCAUAUUGUGAUCCGGUGGUUCUGGGCAGCCGUGGAGAGGUUCAACAAUGAGCAGAGACUGCGACUCCUGCAGUUUGUGACCGGGACGUCCAGUAUUCCUUACGAGGGUUUUGCUUCCCUGCGAGGCAGCAACGGACCCAGAAGAUUCUGUGUGGAGAAGUGGGGGAAGGUCACCUCACUGCCCAGAGCUCAUACUUGUUUCAACCGGCUGGACCUCCCACCGUACCCGUCCUUCUCAAUGCUGUAUGAGAAGAUGUUGACUGCCGUGGAGGAGACCAGCACCUUUGGGCUGGAAUGAGAUGUUCGUCUCUCCACCCCUACCCUCUACCCUCUCAAGGACUGCAGGUGGAAGUGAAGAGAGGGAGCCAUGAUAGAAGCUGGAUUUAAAGUCUGAUUUAUGGUUUGUGUUUAAUUUAUAAUGGGCUUUUUUUUAUAACAGAGGCUGAUAAGACCUUUGAACCACAAAGCUGCACUCUGACCCUUUGAAAUUUCCCAAGUACAGAGGUAAAACAGUUGUCUUUUUGUUGCACCUGCACGCAAUUGGCACCGACUUAGUAACACACGCUUUCACCUGUGUGAUCUGACAAAUGAAGACCCGCACUGCCUUUGGGACCAGAAUCAUAACUGCCAGGGUUUGAUCAAUCAGAGACCGGGAUGCUUUUUUUUUGUCACUUUCUCUUUGAUAUUACAAGGUUAAAGUUUAUCAUCAAAGAAGAAGCAACCACUGCCUUCUCUGCAAAAGCUGAGUGGACCUUUUAUUCUAAUCUGGAUGGAGCUCAAAGGAUUAUAAGGCACGUCCAGAACUGUGAGCUUCACUGAUGCCCUCGUUGAAUUACAGCGUCUCCUUGUGGUCUGUUGUAAUGACUGCACUCACGUAGGUUGUGCAUUUGUUUCUCCAAGCCUUUCGAGGACCAUCUGAGGUAACUUUUGGUAAAGUUUGUGGGGUUUUCCAGUGAACUUAUACAGCUGAUUUUGGAGACCCCAAACAAAAAACUUUUUGUUGUUAGUGUUUUCAUCUACAAGAAGAAGUAAUUUUCUAAUGACAUGGCAGUGAAAUGUUGUGAUUUGAAUGUAACUUUAUGAUGUAGUGGGGAGUGAUUUUGUACCAGAUCUGGAUCAAUUUGCAAAAAAAUAUUUGGCCACCACUUACUUGAGUUAAUAAUGUGUUGAUGAGUAAAUUAAGUUACAUACAGAUUGUAACCAUAUCCAUUUACUUUGAUUGUAUUUGAUUGAUUUGAAACAAGCUUUGAUCCAGGUCUACUCUCUAAAAAUGUGUUAAAAGUCGUCUACACUCAAGAGUUGUAGAUUCAAAUAUCCAAGUAGACAAAGUAAAGUGUCUACACACCAGUGGUGGAUCUAGAGGAUUUUACAUGGGGUGGCAAGAGACUGAAAAUACAUGCUACUUCUGCAGAUUGAUAUAUAUAUACUCUGACCUACAGUAGUCAGAAUAAUCCCUGUUUAACAUUGUAGGAGUAUGUAGUUAAUAAGAUACAAUCAAUGGAUGAACAUUUAACACUGAGUGAUAUUUAGACUAUCCUGUCAUGGAUACAAUAUCUCCAGUAUGUCUGUGUGCAGACUUGUGCACAGAUAAUAAUGGAUGUUAGAGGAAGGACACUUUUCUAUUUAUUUUCUAAUUAAAUAGAAAGAAUCGAUCCUCCAGCGCUGCAGUUUUAAGGCUGUAAUUCCCAGCAGACCUUCAUCAUUAUCCAUUAUUUAGGAAUGAACUGUCAGACUCAACAUAUCCUAAAUGUUAGAGCUUCAAACAUAACACUAUUUUUUAAAUACUGGUCAUAAACCCAAGUACUGGACAAAGUAUUUACACAAAAUUUCAUGGCAAUCCAUUUAGCAUGGCUAAAAAUAAUGGGAUGUUUCGCUGCUUUGGAUGUAGUGGUGACUGAAAAUGACUGAAAAACUCCUCAGUAGCGUUGGUAGCUUCCCACCUCCAUGCCUCCCUCCAGAUCCGCCCCUGCCACCCAUACCCCCCCACAUCAGAACUGAAAAAUUUCACCAAGCUUGAGUACAGCUGCUGGUGUCAAAGACACAGUUAGGUCAUCAGAUUUUACGCUUCCAAGUUCAAUAUAUUAUGUAAUUAUAGAAAAAGGACUUGGACCCUGAGACAUUCAACAUAUAUCAACUGGCAUAAAAAUGUCUUCUCAGCAUACUCGCUGUUGCUCAUUAGAAUAAUACAUUUUCUUUUCAUUGUUUUUUGGCUCUUUAUUCACCUCACACACUAUGACUAGAAGCUCUCAGAACGUUUUCUCUUUUCUUUGUUCUUUUUACACUUGUGAUGUUAACCACUUGUGUGUUUAUACGGCUCAAUUUGAUUACACGUGCUGUAUGUAAACUCUGUAAAAUGUCUUUUUCUGACAUGAAGAGUUGAACUCUGACACCGUUGAAUAGUUCCUCUAGAUUUGCACUCUGUCAUAAUUUCAAUAUUGAAUGAAUUGUAUCAGCUCAAUGUUAAUGUUUAUGUUAAUUUAAUCAAGUUGUUUAGUGGAGUUUUCACAGAGCAGGCACACAGUAAACAGUAAAAACCAUACAGUCCUCAUAAUAGAAAAGCAUGAACAUUUUGUAUAAAAUCAGUUUUGAAGGAGCUUGCAAUGAUAUUUUCUCUUUUGUACAUUGAGAUACUUGUUACCGUCCUCUUCACUCACAUUCCCCCCUGCACUAUGAAUGUAAGCACGCCUUGAACUGCCACAUCGAAAUACCACUGUCCACAUGCAGGCCUACAACACCUAAAAGUCAACCGCUGAGUUCCUGAGCUAACACUAACCCUUCUGAACGCCUCAUUUUAUACUCACGGCAAAAUCCAGACCAUAUGGAAGCCCAUUUCUGCAAAGAGAAAAAAUGAAUACACUAAAAGUUAUGUUUGUUAAAAAUGGAAAUGCUCAUCAUGGUUAUCUUAUGAAGUAUUUUAUUAUCAUGUCAAAGUCAAAGUCAAAAAACUGACUGUCACAUGAAUUUUGUUAUUUCUGACUUAGUAGGUCAAACUUCAAAUCAACAUUUACGUGCUGUUUCAUACUUUGUAGUAUCUUAAAUGUCUCAUGUCUCUUCAUAUUUUUUGUUUACUUUUUAUCUUUUUUUUUCCUGGCAGAAAUGGGCUUCGAUAAGACCAAAGGUACUGUAGACAAACUGCUACAGGCUCCUUUUUUAUGCGUGUUGACGGGACAAAAAACAAACCCAAACAGCAUAUUUUAUGCAAAGUCAGGGAGGGUACAUUUGAAACUGAUCAUAUUGUUUUCAAUUUUUGGACCAGAUUUUGAUAAAGCCCUGGACCUACGGUUUUCCUUGUUUACACUUAUAGAGAAUGUACUCUAAUCCAGAAUACCAACUAACAUUAUUUAUGUAUGAAGUUAACAUUUGGAUAGGAAGUUUGGUAAAUUUUCAUGUGCAAAUUCAGUUGAAUUCAAAUGGGAUUGAAUAAUUCCAUUCUCAGAAUGAAAAUAAUAUUAUUUCCCUCACUGAAUGCACUGCCCUUUGUCUGUCUAACCAGAAUGUACCAAAGUUUAGAGCCUAAGCCAGCUGCCUCACAUCUAACAACCAACCACUCUUUCUGUACAGUCCACCUCACUUUUAAAUAUGAAUGUUUAUCAGCACUCCUCUCUUAAAAUAAAAUGUCAUCUCUCUAUGCAAGCUUUUUCUUCUUCUUUCCAUGUCACUUUGAUUGUAAUGGACAAACAGGUCAGGAUAAUAAAUGAAAUUGUGUGUCAUGUGA